CCCACGACGGAGCAUCCAUGGUGGCUGGCGGCCGGGAGCCCGGGCUAAGGGGACCCACUGGAUGUGCCCCCCCAGGCAGCAUGCGCCCCGCGACGUCCAGGGAGGAGGGACGGGCGGAGACAGCAGAUGAAGUGCUAACAGGAAUGGUCGAGGGGACUGCACCACAAUGGCGUCCUCGCAUCCCCUGGAACUGACCGUCUUGGGGAAUGGAUCGGGGCCCAGCCAGAGAGCCCUACGAGUACCUUCGUCGCCAUGGACAGCCCCCAGUUCCGGCAUCGAGAAUAUCUCCUACGAGGAGGAGGAGGAGGAAGAAGAGGCAGAAACCUCCUUCCCUAAUGACCGAGGCACUGCCGGCAGUUCCCGGACUUCAGCACCCUCCAGAGGAGACCUCUCUCCCAGGUCAGAGGACGGCCCUACGUCAGACACGAGUGGGAAUUCUGUGGACUACGGCUUCAUUUCGGCUUUGGUCUUCUUAGUGGGUGGGAUUUUGCUGGUGAUCGUCGCUUACAGCAUCCCGCGAGAAGCGAGGGUCGAUCCGGACACAGUGUCAGCCCGGGAGAUGGAGAGACUGGAGAUGUACUAUGCCCCUGGCUCCCGGUUGGACAAGUGCAUCAUUGCAGGCUUGGGGUUCUUGAUUGGGGGCAUGCUUCUCUCUGUUCUCCUGAUGGUCUCCAUCUACAAAGGGGAGCUGUAUCGGAGAAGGACUUUCGCGGCCUCCAGGGCUCCCAGGAAGACCUACGGAUCGAUAAACCUGAGGAUGAGGCAGCUGAACGGGGAAGGGGGGCAAACGUUGGUGGAGAACGAGGUCGUUCAGACGACAGAAGCGGCACCCGUCGGCCAGAAUUGCUGAUGAUUCUAGAUA